AUGCUUUUAAUUUAUGUCGUUUGUCCACUAACGGCACUGCCUUCAAUAAUCGACUACUACCAUAAAUAUGAACACAGGCAAUAUUUUAUAAGCCCGACGCCUUUCACUGCGGUCUCCCAGCUUCUGGGUAUCAACCGUGACUAUUCAUCAAAUGCUACCACCCACUCAACCUCAAACCUCGCGCUCGAAGCUUCCCGCUGCCGGGACAAGAUCGUCGGCCUCAACGCCGCUAUUACGAUCGGCGAAUGGCGUCUCGAAACUAUCCAAGCAUACGUCCAUCUUGGCAUGACCAUCUACGAGACUAGAAGGUUCUUGAAAGGCGUUCUAGAAGUCUCCGGUGGAAAGCAAAAUGGAGACGAAUACUGGGGAGUGAGGAGUUUGGGUGACAUAGAUGGAAGUGGAGGCAGUUCAAGCGGAGGCUAUGGAACUACCACUCCUACCUCUGGAUCUUCUAAACGCCACUCAACAAAGUGCCCUCGAACAUUAACUCAAUCGGGCUCUGCCCUCAAGUUCUCAAACAUAAAUGUCCCACCGGACAUAGCUAUUCGCAGUUUUGUUCGCAUUCAUGAAAUACCGAACUUGGUAGGGGAAAUCAUCAUUAGAAGAAAGAAGCAAUAUGUGCUGAUGCAACAGAGUGCCAACACACCAGAUUCAGUACCACCAGUACUAUUUCUAGGACGCAUCCGUUUAACGUCUCAAUUGAGCUUGAUGAAACUUCGAGAAGAUUAUGCCAUUCAUGCUCAAUGUUCCUUGAGUGAAAUUAAUUCGUACCCCACUGCGGUGCAUGCAACAUGGGUCCGUCUCGCACGUAUGAGCCGAUUUUUGUUGUUCGUAUCACGACAUAUUUCAAUAACUUCUUCCACGGUAAUGCCGCAGGAGGUUGCACUUUUGCCAAUACUGCAUAACAGUUUUUUUUUUGGAAAGGGCGUCCAUUCGUGUGAUAUUUGCGCCGGCAAGACCGAGUCCCUCACCGGAAUUAUUUUCCUUUGGCUCGCAUCUCGAACCAGGCCUGUUGUGGCUUACCGGGACUACCCCCUCGAGAAAGUUCACCGGUUGUUAGCCCUCCGCAUAGGGCUGACAAGGGAGGUUACAGCUGACCCUUCGUGGGGGCUGACGUUACGAAUUGCAGCCUCCUACAUGCGGAAUUUUAGAUGUUUGGACCAAGCCAGACCAGAUCUUGAAAUUUCUGACCGAACCUUGAGCGAUCUCGCGCCAGAGGCCUUGGAGAGGCCUUGGAGAUUGGGACUCUUCGCAGUUUCUCAUCCACAUUCGCAUAUUAUUAGCGAGGCAGUCAAGCCAUCGAUCACCUUCCUACUGCUUCGCUUCCUCGCUCUGACUGACAUUCUAACAUUGUUAUUGGCUAAGCAGUCAAGCCACCGGCUGCGUCCCAACGUCUCUCCAGCGCUAGAAAUUGCAGUGUUUACCCAUUCUGUCAAGCCACCGGCUGCUACAGUCAAACCCCGCCAAGCCGAUAGGAAUCCAGCCACGUCAAUUCAAUCGCCUUACUGA